GAAUGUUGGUUGACCCAGUUGAAAAGAAUUCUUAUUAUUUGCCUAAUUUGCUGCUGUAUGAAAAGUGGUAUUUUCCUCGCUUUUAUUCCUACAAAAUAAAACAUUCGGCUAUGCACAUGCCAAGCUCCAAGGCUGGUGGACUGGGUCUUAAUUUUGUUGGUGCCAAUGUUGUUAUAUUGUUUGAUCCUACAUGGAACCCAGCAAAUGAUCUUCAAGCUAUUGACAGAGCUUAUAGGAUUGGCCAAUACAAACCUGUUAAAGUGUUUAGAUUGAUAUCCUUGGGAACUGUGGAGGAGAUGAUGUACUUGCGACAAGUUUAUAAACAGCAACUUCACUGUGCAGUGGUUGGAAGUGAAAAUGCCAAGCGGUAUUUUGAGGCAGUGCAAGGAUCAAAGGAACAUCAAGGAGAGCUUUUUGGGAUCCAUAAUCUCUUCAAACUCAGGACUCAUGGGUCCUGUCUUACCAAAGACAUCCUGGAGAGGGAAGGGCGAGUAGAAGCAGGAGUCAUAACAGCAACUACGUGGCUAAAGGAAGAGACUUCUCCAUGCAGCUCAGAAAAGUAUGAACAACCAGACUGUAGAGAAGAUAGAAAUUCCCAAAGCAUUCAGGCACAGUUAAUAAGAAAAGAAACGGACUUUUGUGAUGACUUUAGUGAUGAUGAUAUUCUGGAAACUUCCAUGAAAAAAUGUGACAGAAGGAAGCCUUGCAAUGCAAAUAAUUCAGUGGCAACCAAGGGACAGCUUUCCUUAGUGCAGUGUGGAUUCUCUAAGUUGUUGCAGAGAGAAGUUGAAACUACCAAAGAAGAGGAGAAAAAUUACGACUCUCAUCAUUCCAAUUCUGAUGAUCAGACUUCAAGAACAAAUGUAAAUAGUAAACACAGUGAUUUUCAGAAAUGUCAAAGCCAUGUGUCUGUUCUGGAGCAUGGGAACACUGCUGAGUCACCAGAUGGAACUGAUAAACAAAAUAUGUGUAGUACAGACUGGCUUGUUUUAUCAGGCUCUGAGGAGGAAGGGGACAUAGAAAGUGAUGAUCAAGGCAUUUCAAAGCACAGUAAUACAGUCAUGGAUACUGAAAACAGUUCUGAAGAUGAUGAUGACAUCAUCUUUCCUACCCAAGUUUCAGCAUGCCAGCAAACACUGCUUACUAAAAAAGUUGAAUUACGCAGGUUAACAUCUGAAAAUUGUGAAGAGUUAGCAAAAGAAAAACAUGGGUUUUUAUUUAAGGAAGACAGUAGGCAAUUUGGAUUCCAUAACAGUGAGUCAAAUUUGACCAAAACUAUGUCUUUUGAAGACAUCCAGAACAGCACAAGAGAAUUGAAAGGAGCAAGUGACGUAAGUGAUGAGUCCGAUGAUAUUGAGAUUUCCCAUAAUUCUAAAUCAAGAAAGUCAAGAACUUGUAGCUUUCCAAAAUGGAAAGAAAGAUAUGCCCAUAACAACGAACAAGAUAAUGUCUCAAAACCUCCGCUUCAAACAAAGAAGACCAAUAGAAAAGAAAAGGAAAGUGAUUCCCAGAAUAUAGAGGAAUUUUCAUCAUCUGAAGACAACUUGCCAGUUGAGAAAACACAUGCUAGAAAGCAAAGCUAUAAGCAUAAAAAACAGAGAGGUAGAGUUCGGUUUGGGUCUAAAAUACUCUAUCCUAUUCAAGAUACCUCUGUUGCACAAAUGAAGUCUAGCGGUUACACUGUGUGUAGAACUUCUGCAAGUAAAACUGAAUUUGAACAUCAAGAGCAGAAAGUGGAAUCAAUGGACAGAUAUUUAGAUGGUGUCCCAGAAGUGGCAUAUAUUCAUUCAAAUCAGAAUGUGGUUGGAUCCAGCAAGGCUGAGAAUCACUUGAGCCGGUGGGCAGUACGAGACGUAUUUGAGUUGAAGCAGUUUUCCCAGCUCCCUGCUAAUGUUGCAGUCUGCAGUGCCAAG